AUGCAUGCUCGCGCGGCGGGAGGUGAUGGUGGUGGUCACGUGACGCGGCUCUCGCGAAGCUGCGGGGUAAAGGUGGCACACACAAGACACAGGGAAGAGCGCGACACUUCAUACACCUCCACAGACCUCUCUCCAACCGAGUUCAACACACAAAUCAUGUCUAUUAGCCGGAAAAACUGGUCUGCUUUAUCAACGCUGGCUCGACAGUGGACUGUUGAGGAUGAGGAAGAGGUGGAGAGAGAGAAGAGGAGGAAGACAAGGGAGUCUACAGCAGACAUGGAUGAAAGUCCCACUGAAGAGACCAAACCACAAACCAGUAGCGGGCCUGCUGAUGCUGGCGACUCCGGUGGCGGUCUGGCCCAGCUGCAGAUGGACUUUGUGGAGAUGUUGCGAGUCCGUGAUGAACGGAGGAGGAUGAGGCACGUUGAAACGCUGAGGAAGAAUAAGGAGGAAGAUGAUGGGGGCAAAGAGACCGGCCCGGAUGCGGAGCCCCAUGUGGAGCUGCUGGGGGACCAGCAGGACGAGGAACUCUUCAAGAACAUUCAGCGCUGCGUGGAGACCUUCAUGUCAGCAGAACCUCCCACCAACUCCAGAGACUCAGAGACACAGGAGAAGCAAGAAAAUGGAGGCACGAACCAAGAUUCAACAUCAACAAACUCCCAACCCCCCUCAAAAGCAUCCAGAAAGUUUGUGAGCUCUCUCUCGAUCUCCUUUGAUAAGAGUCCCACAUCACCCUCAGCAACCAGCAGACUGGUUUCUCCUCUGAGCCCCAAGUCUCCGCCCCCUCAGUCCCCGAGGGUGGAGUCACCACGCAGCCCCACCCACUCUGGCUCUAUGAGCCCCACACCGAAUGGAGACGCAGCGAGACAUGAAAAUGGGUCACCGAGUAAUUUCGAACCAGCUGCGAAACCUGCGUUCACACGGCAGAGCUCCAGAACGGUGUCCUUCAGGAUGGUGAAGAAGAAGGAGGAAGGAAACAUGCCGCUACAGAGAAGUGCAAGUGUACGGAUUGCAGCGAAGACCUUUGAGUCCAAUAAGAGCUCCAAACAAGAGGAGGAGCAGAAGACUCCGUUUCAGAGAAACUCCCGACAGAGGUUAUCAUCUCGCUCCAUUCAGGAGAAAAUGGAACGACUGGCUCAAGCCUCACAGAAAUGGGAAAUAUCCAAAUCCCCAGUGGUGCACCAGACUGUGUGUUUAGCGGAUGAGGUGUCAAGGAAGAGGGAGCUGUUUGAGAAGGAACAGGAGGGAUCCGACAGAAGCCAUGUGUUCUCCAAACAGGAAUUUCGCAGCUUUUCUUCGGGACUCUCUGAUCGAAUUAAUCGCUGGGUUCAAAAGAAAACAUUUACUGUGUCAUCAUCUUCAUCAUCAUCAUCACCAUCUCAUAGUCCUUUGGAUCUGAGACUUGUGAGCAUCUCCAGUAAGAAAAGUUUGUUUGAGAGAGGACAAGACCAGGACAACAAGUGACGAUCUCAUGGAUAGAGACAAAAUUCUGAAGAUUUUAAAGGAAGCUUGAUCGACUCUUUCAGACAGUCAGUGGCAAGGAUUGUCUCUUAACUCCUUUUCCUUCUGCUUCUUUACAUUGGCUAAUUCCUCAGCACUUUUAAGGCAUAGUACUACUGAUCUAUUUGGGUAAAUUCAAGGCUUAUGUUAUUGAUUGUGAAUGUGUGUACUAAUGGAUUGUAGAAUGCAACAGCACUGUAUUAUAGGGUCUUUACACAGAAAUUGAACAUCACAGGGUUUAUCUGACAGCAGGAAUACAGACAUACAGCUUCUCUGUGUCGGUGCCAGACACUCCUCUUCCUUGUAGCUUGACAUUUGUGCUGAUGAUAAGUAAGUUAUUAGGAGAAAGAGGCAUAAUGUAUGACCUGAGCAGUGAACAGUCCAAGGUACAACUGCAAUAUCAUGAAUGUCUGUUUCAAUGAACCUACUGCAAAUAAGCUCAAUGAUUCAUUUGUAAUGAAGCUGGAAUCGUGCGCUGAAGCUGACCUAUGCUCUCGCUGCUGUUGUUUUAACCUGCCGGAGACUUGAGUCUUAAUAAGGAAACAUAAUUUAGACGUAAUCUAUGGAGAAAUGUGCCCUAACAAGCCCUUUGCAAACUGACUUCAAUCCAUUCCAAUUCAACCAAGCUUACGUUUCCUUGUUUGCUAACCGACCUGUCAUGUAAUUAUCUUUUCUGCCCAGAAGGGUUAUGCUGUAGAUU